ACCGCUCUCAGCUAGUUCUCGACUUCGCUUGCAUUCCACCAUGUGGUUGAAAUGGUGGAAUUGAGAGCAUCAAGGGCUCAGCAAUUCUUUCCUAGGUAGGACUGAUCUCUAGACCAGCUGACAGUCAGUGCUCGAACGAACGAGCUCGAAGGUCACAAAUUCAGGGUGAGAUGGAGGGUCUCAAGAUGGAAGUCGGUGAAGCUUCAACCGCAGCGAAACAUUGGUGUCAGGAGAUGAUGGAUUUAGUGCUGCCUGGUUCCUCUGCAAGUCUGACGCUGCAGAAUUUCCUACUGGCUCUUCUGGCCGCCACCUUGUUGGUGAUUUUCAUAAUGGAAAUGAGCAAGGAGAAGCUGAGACUUCCUCCCGGGCCGUGGGCGUGGCCAAUUUUCGGGAACUGGCUUCAAGUCGGAGACGAUCUGAACCACCGGCUCAUGGCAGACAUGUCCAAAAAAUACGGGGACAUUUUUCUGCUGAAGAUGGGAGUGAAGAAUUACGUGGGAAUCUCGAGCCCGGAGCUGGCCAAGGAGGUUUUGCACACGCAGGGCGUGGAAUUCGGGUCCCGGACGAGGAACGUGGUGUUCGACAUCUUCACAGGAAACGGACAGGACAUGGUGUUCACGGUGUACGGCGAGCACUGGAGGAGAAUGCGUAGGAUCAUGACGGUGCCAUUCUUCACGAACAAGGUGGUACAGCAAUCGAGGUUCGCCUGGGAGGACGAGAUCGACCACGUGAUCAAGGAUCUGAAGGCGGACCCGGCAGCAUCCACCACGGGCUGCAUCAUCCGCCGCCGGCUGCAGCUCAUGAUGUACAACGUCAUGUACCGCAUGAUGUUCGAUCGGCGCUUCGAGACUGUGGACGACGAGCUAUUCAUCCGCCUGUCCACCGUGAACCGCGAGCGCAGCCGGCUGGCGCAGAGCUUCGAGUACAACUAUGGCGAUUUCAUCCCGCUGCUGCGCCCAUUCCUGCGCCGGUAUCUAAAACAGUGCCAGGAGCUGAAGGACAAGCGGCUGGCCAUCUUCAAGGAGUACUUCCUGGACGAGCGCAAGAAGGUCCUCGAGGCGCGCAAGGCCAAACAGCAGCAGGAGGGCGGCCAGAAGGUGGCCAUGGACUACAUCUUCGAGUCCGAAGAGAAGGGAGAGAUCAACUCCGACAACGUGCUGUACAUCGUGGAGAACAUCAACGUCGCCGCCAUCGAGACCACGUUGUGGUCGAUCGAGUGGGGAGUCGCUGAGCUGUGCAAUAACCCCGAUAUCUUCCAGAAGGUGCGCGAUGAGCUGGACACGGUUCUGGGACGUGGCAGCCUCAUCACCGAGCCGGACAUCCCUCGGUGCACGUAUUUGACGGCGGUGGUGAAGGAGGUGAUGCGCCUGCACAUGGCCAUUCCGCUGCUGGUGCCGCACAUGAACCUGCACAAGGCCAAGCUCGGAGGUUACGACAUUCCGGCGCAGAGUAAGAUCCUGGUCAACGCCUGGUGGAUCGCCAACGAUCCCCGCCACUGGCAAGAGCCCGAGCGCUUCAACCCCGACCGGUUCCUGCACGGGUCGAUCGACGCUGCCGGCAGCGACUUCCGCUUCCUUCCCUUCGGCUCCGGCCGCAGGAGCUGUCCCGGCAUCAUCGUCGCCAUGCCCUUGCUGCACCUGGUUUUGGGUCGCCUCGUCCAGUGCUUCGACCUCUCGCCUCCCCCUGGCGUGGACAAGAUCGACAUGUCCGAGAAGGGCGGACAGUUCAGUCUGUUCAUUAAGAACCAUUACAAUAUCGUGGUGAAGGAGAGGACGGACUGAUGAAUUCGAGUAUGCUUAUCCGAUCGAUUGCCUCGACGGCCACGUUCCCCAGAGUAUGGAUCGAAUCACUCGGCUCCGUUCAUCAUUUUGGGUUUUGAUGCCUUCUAUCUUCUUAUAUAUUCUGGUGCAAUUUGAAGACGAGUUUCCAUUCGCCACAUUGGCGUCGGAAGUAGGACGUUUUAGGACCAUCUUUCGGGCUGAAGGUAGAAUUGCAUUAGGCAGAAUAGGUCUCAGUCUUUCUUAGGAAUAUUGUUUGUCCAUUACGGACUCCGGGUCAAUUUUGUUGUAACAACAUAUGUUGCUCAAUGAGUGACCAUUUGAAAUCAAUAUAGUCUGAUCAUGACUGCAUCGGAUACGAAGUUAACAUUGCUCA